AUGAACAGCGUGGCCAAAAGCCUUCUGAAAUCGGUUAAAAGCAGCCGAGCGGCGUGGCUGAGGAGCAGCUCUGCGCGCUCUGGAAAACAGCGUCUGGGGAAGCUGGUUCUGGGAAUAGAGACCAGCUGCGAUGACACCGGCGCGGCUGUGGUGGAUGAUGCUGGCACCAUUCUGGGAGAAGCGCUGCACUGUCAGAAGGAAGUCCAUUUACAAGCAGGUGGAAUAAAUCCUGUGGUGGCACAGCAACUUCACAGAGAAAACAUCGAGCAAGUAGUAGAAGAGGCGCUUAGGGUCAGUGGAAUUUCUGUACGUGAACUAGCGGCUAUUGCAACCACGGUAAAACCAGGACUUGCCCUAAGCCUUGGCGUGGGACUGCAGUACAGCUUGAACUUGGUGAACAGGUACCAGAAGCCGUUCAUACCCAUUCAUCACAUGGAGGCUCACGCACUGACCAUCAGACUGACACAUCACGUGGAAUUUCCCUUCUUGGUUCUUCUGCUCUCUGGAGGCCACUGCAUCUUGGCAAUAGCACAAGGAGUUUCAGAUUUCCUUCUGCUUGGACAGACCAUAGAUAUAGCACCAGGUGACAUGCUGGAUAAGGUAGCAAGAAGACUCUCUCUAAGAAAACACCCAGAGUGCCACAGCAUGGCUGGAGGGAAGGCGAUAGAGCACUUGGCUCAAGGUGGAAACUGGCAACAACACACAUUCAGACCUCCCAUGCAACAAUAUCGUAACUGUGAUUUUUCUUUUUCUGGACUUCAGAACCUUGUCAAUAGAGUCAUUAUACAAAAAGAAAAAGAAGAAGGUAUUCAAGAAGGUGAGAUCCUAUCCUGUGUUAAGGAUAUUGCUGCUGCUGUACAGCAUGCAGUGGCUGUUCAUAUUAUCCAGAGGACAUAUCGAGCCAUGCUCUUCUGCAUAAAAAAUAGCAUAUUAUCAUCAAAAAAUGCAACUUUGGUUGUAUCAGGAGGAGUUGCAAGUAAUCAGUAUAUCCGAAAAGGUCUACAGACUUUGGCAGAUGCAAAUAAUUUUGCUCUUCUGUGUCCUCCUCCAAGACUGUGCACUGAUAAUGGUGUUAUGAUUGCAUGGAAUGGCAUUGAAAGGUUACGUGCAGGACUUGGUGUUUUAUAUAGUACUGAUGGCAUCCGCUAUGAACCAAAAGCUCCCCUUGGAACUGAUAUUUCAAAAAGAGUUGAAGAAGAAUCCAUCAAGGUGCCAAAGCUAGAAAAGAAGAUACGAUGGUUGGCAUCUUAAAAAUAACUUAGUAGAGUAAAUGCAACUACAAAU